CGCAUCUGCAGCAGCCGCCCAUGGACAGCAAGGGCGAGCGCCUGCUGGCGGCCGCCACGGCGCCUGUUGCAGCGCCGCUGCCGCAGGCGCUGCGGGGACGCUGGCGGCUGAGCUUCGACCCGCAACGGCUGCGGCUCAGGGAGGAGGCCAUGGAGAUCUUGGAGAAGGCAGAAGUGGGAUCUUUUAGUCCCAGCGGAUGCUUGGAGGAGUACCAGGCGAGGCCGGAGAUCUUUCGCUCCUUCGCCUUGAGACAGGACUUGCACUGCCUGGUCGAGGCAUCUCCGGGCUUUCUGGAGGUCUAUGAGCAGCUGCUGCUGACUGUAUUGCUGCCCUGGCUGAAGGAGCUGAAAAGUGCCACGCAAAAACGGGCGCAGUUCUGGUACCAAUAUCCUCCCACCUUGCGGGUGCAGCCGGGGCGAAGCAGGGAGUUCAAACGGCCCCACCGGGAUGCGGAGUAUGGGCACCAGAUUGGGGAAUUGAAUUGCUGGAUGCCCCUGACCGAUUACAACUUGACGCAGACCACCUUGUGGGUGGAAUCUGAACCAGACAGAGGAGACUACGAGCCCCUGGACAUCAGCUACGGUCAGAUUGGCAUCUUCCAUGGAACUCUCUGUCGUCAUCACGUCCCUCAGAACUCUUCAGACUUCACCCGGGUGUCGAUGGACUUUCGGAUUGGCCUGGGAGAAUACUUCGACCCCAGCUGGCAGCUGGACGGGGUGAAACACGUGCAUGGUCGCGCUUUGGCGUGUUUGUUUUGGGGCAGGACACCCACUGGGCAUCCCACAACCUGUUGACCUAUCAGAAAUGGGGGGGUUCUUCAGACGCGAGAGGCCGGGAGAUUUGGCUUUGAUGCAAUGGAUAUUUCUAGUACCUUGAGGGUGACGACUUGCUGCACUUGAGACCUGGGCAUCGAAAAUCAGGGAAAUCUGGGAGGUGAAGUGAAAUCCUUCAGCCUGGGGCAAAUGAUCUCAUUGUCAUAGGCGGCAAUGCAAAAGAGGGGGCACAAUCCCUGUGUGCUGCUUGCGGAAAAUCGUCCUGCCAAUCACGACUUGGAAUUUGGGUGCCAAAGUGGAAUGUUGCAGCUGGUGAGUACAUGGACAAAGUGGUGCUUCACUUUUGGAUCACAAUCUCUACAUAUCUCUACCAAGGGAAUGGAGCGAGAGGGUCACUGAAGCUGGAGAAAAAUGUACCGCCUGCUGCUGCUUCAAAGUGUGGAUUUUUUGCGGUGCAUAGCUCGAAG